AUGGAUGUGUGUGGCUGGAAAGAAAUGGAGGUUGCUUUGGUCAAUUUUGAUAACUCAGAUGAAAUCCAAGAAGAGCCAGGGUAUGCCACAGAUUUUGAUCCAACAAACCCAAAAGGCCGGACUGGGAGCAGCCCCUUUUCCAACUGGAGGAUCCUCAUCAGUGACAGCACCAACCAUGAAACUACCUUCUCCAAGUUCCCAGGAGACUAUGUCGAUCCACCGGGGCCUGAGCCUGUGACCUUGAAUGAAGGAAACCAGCGAGUGAUCAUCAAUAUCGCUGGGCUAAGGUUUGAGACCCAGCUAAGAACUCUCAAUCAGUUCCCAGAGACCCUCCUAGGGGACCGGGAGAAAAGGAUGCAGUUCUUUGACUCCAUGAGAAAUGAGUAUUUCUUUGACCGCAAUCGGCCCAGUUUUGAUGGGAUCCUGUAUUAUUACCAGUCUGGUGGUAAAAUCCGGCGGCCAGCCAAUGUCCCUAUUGAUGUCUUUGCUGAUGAGAUCUCCUUCUAUGAGCUAGGUAGUGAGGCCAUGGACCAGUUUCGGGAGGAUGAAGGCUUCAUCAAAGACCCUGAAACUCUGCUCCCCACCAAUGAAUUCCACCGACAGUUCUGGCUCCUAUUUGAGUACCCUGAGAGCUCCAGCGCUGCCCGUGGUGUGGCGGUGAUCUCUGUGUUGGUUGUGGUCAUCUCAAUCACCAUCUUCUGCCUGGAGACGCUGCCUGAAUUCCGGGAGGACAGGGAGCUGAAGGUGGUCAGAGAUCCUAGCCUCAACACAAACACGACAGCCCUUUCGCAGACCAUGUUCACUGACCCCUUCUUUGUGGUGGAGUCCACCUGCAUCAUCUGGUUCACCUUUGAGCUGGUUCUCCGGUUCGUGGUGUGCCCCAGCAAGCCUGACUUCUUCAGGAACAUCAUGAACAUAAUUGACAUCAUCUCCAUCAUUCCCUACUUUGCAACUCUCAUCACAGAGCUGGUCCAAGAGACAGAACCAAGUGCCCAGCAGAACAUGUCCCUGGCCAUCCUGAGGAUCAUCCGGUUGGUGAGGGUCUUCCGCAUCUUCAAGCUCUCCCGCCACUCCAAGGGGCUGCAGAUCCUGGGGCAGACGCUGAAAGCUUCCAUGAGAGAACUGGGACUGCUCAUCUUCUUCCUCUUCAUUGGAGUCAUCCUCUUCUCCAGUGCGGUCUACUUUGCUGAGGUGGAUGAGCCAGAGUCCCAUUUCUCUAGCAUUCCUGACGGCUUCUGGUGGGCAGUGGUCACCAUGACAACUGUAGGCUAUGGUGACAUGUGCCCUACCACCCCAGGGGGGAAGAUUGUGGGCACUCUGUGCGCCAUUGCAGGGGUCCUCACCAUCGCCCUCCCUGUGCCAGUCAUCGUCUCCAACUUCAACUACUUCUACCACCGAGAGACUGAGAAUGAGGAGAAGCAGAACAUCCCAGGGGAAAUUGAUAAAAUUCUCAACAGUGGGGGCUCGAGAAUGGGCAGCACAGACUCUCUUAAUAAGACCAAUGGAGGCUGCUCUCCAGAGAAGUCCAGGAAGUGA